UUCACCAGCAGAGGUCCUGGUCCCAACAUGGUUGAAAUGGAGGGGAGUAAAGGGAGAAUUAGCACAGUAAGUGUCUGAUGCUGAUGUUUGCUUAAAUGUGUGCUCUCUGCACACCUAUCCUGAUCUUUUUCUAACGCCUGAACCACACAAAACAAAUGUGCUGUUUUAGAGGAUGGUUUGCAUUUGCUGUUUAGCAUGGAAAAGGUUACCAUCUUCUUAAGGUUAAUGCCUAAUGAAGGAACAUCCCAAUUAUACUUGUGCAGCUGCAAUUUUUUUGACGUUUGUUGUAAUUCACUACAGGUGAGCCGUUACAGCUAAGCUGCUUGGGUGCUGUUAUCUCCUUUGAGAUCUUUGCAUGUUUUUACUCUUAAAGAUAUGUGAAAGGCCACUGAAAAUACCAGCAAUGGGCAAACAUUUUAACCCCAUUAGAAAAUAAGAUUCUUUCUAUUCCAUGCACAGUGCUCAUCUCGACUUAACUCCAUUCACCAGGUGCGUAGCUGAGUCCCUCUAGUGGUGUAAGCAUUCAUCCGAUGUCUGCAUGUCAUUUGAAUUUCAUUUUACGGUCACGUUGUAGCAGCAAAUUUACAGGUAGCUUUUUUGGGCGCUCUGAAGACUGUGACAAAGUGGAUCUGAGAUUAGAUGCUGUGUAGGCUCGUGUUAAUGAAUGCAAAUUUAAUUUUAGCUGGGAAGGGCAAGUAAAGACAUACUGCAAAGAAAGGGGAAUUCUUGAAAGUAUAUUCAAGAACUAAUUACUAUCAGUAAGACACACGCAAAGAGCAACGUAAUGCUCGGGGCAGCCAAUAGGGAUAAAAGCUUAUGGACAAAUCUGUCAUGACCUGGUAGUGAAGACUGUUUAAAAACACUGAUCUCCACUUAGCUUGUAAAUGCGCAUCACUCUCUUUCUCACUCGUAUAUUCUCUCUCUCUCUCUAACACACACACACACACGCUCCUGGAUUUGCAGAAGCCAGACAUCUAGGGCACUUCUUGGCAUCCACAGGAAAAUCAUACGGGAUUAGAAAAACACUGCAGAACUGCUGAAAGCUGCCUCUCGAGGAUUACAACUUCACCUUUUGCUUUUACAGAUGCUUGUUUACUAUCCAUGUGGCAACCUCUGCACAGCCAGUAAUCCAUUCAUUAUCCUCACUGAUUGAGUGUGAGAGCAGUGCAGUGGUAACUACUUCACUUAGCUGAUGGCAGACGACAAAAGCAAGGAAAUGAUGAAUUCGGACAAUUUAACCUCCCAGAGCUUUCUCUCUGCAAUUCAUAACAAUGCCAGCAAUUUAUUCUCAGGGCUCCAGUUUGUUCAGUCCUUCAAGCCACUCAUCAUCCCCUGCUACUCCCUAGUAGUUUUUAUUGGCGUCAUUGGGAAUUAUCUUCUUAUUUAUGUCAUCUGCAAAACGAAAAAAAUGCACAAUGUGACCAACUUUCUGGUCGGCAAUCUGGCUUUCUCAGACAUGCUCAUGUGUGCAACCUGUGUGCCUCUGACUCUCGCAUAUGCCUUUGAGCCCAGAGGAUGGGUGUACGGACGUUUCAUGUGCUACUUUGUGUUCCUGAUGCAACCCGUCACUGUCUUUGUGUCUGUCUUCACCUUGACUGUCAUAGCUGUGGAUAGGUAUUAUGCCAUGGUGUACCCAUUCCGGAGGAGGCUCACUAUCCAUGUUUGUACCUAUAUCCUGGCUGCCAUUUGGCUGCUGAGCUGCACCUUGGCUGCCCCAGCCUUGCUCCACACUUAUCAUGCGGAAUUCCCAGAGUUGGACUUCUCCAUCUGCGAGGAGUUUUGGUUCCAUAUGAAAAGAGAUCGCUUGGCUUAUGCUUACAGCACUCUCAUCAUCACCUACGUGCUGCCUUUGGCUGUCAUCUCCCUGUCCUACCUGCGAAUCUCAGUCAAGCUGAAAAACCGAGUGGUCCCAGGCAAUGUCACCCAGGGCCAAGCUGAAUGGGACCGGGCAAGAAGGAGAAAGACUUUUCGCUUGCUUGUCUUGGUGGUGGCAGCCUUUGGAGUCUGUUGGCUGCCUCUGCACAUCUUCAACGUGGUAAAGGAUAUAGAUAUCAGUUUAAUUGAUAAGCAGUACUUCAAUUUAAUCCAGCUGCUAUGCCACUGGUUUGCCAUGAUGUCUGCUUGCACCAAUGCCUUCCUCUACGCCUGGCUCCAUGACAGCUUUAGGGGGGAGCUGAAGAAAAUGUUUGCCUGGAGAAAGAAGAAAAUUGGACCCACUACAAAUUGCAUUAUGGCCAGUGAGGUGCUGUAAACACAAGAGCUGGUGGGAGUGCACUUCCUGCAACACUGAAACACAAAAGAGUGGGAGGAGAUGGCUCUAAUUCCAACAUCAAUAUUUCCUACAAUUCCUACAUUUCCAUUUGGUGCUGGUGACACUCAGCAGUGAGCAGGGCUGUGGGGAACAGCUUGGAGCUUUGCAAAGGAGCAGCAACGUUACCCUCUCUGCCAAUUACAACUGUUGAUUUCUGGACAGGUUACUGCAAUGGCACCCUGCAUCUCACAACAGCAGGAGGGGUUUUGGCUUUGGUGAUGUGCACAAUGCUGAGGACCGGUUCUGCACAGCUGGGGUUUGCAGUGUCAGGGGAGCACAUCUGGCAGCAGCUGGUGAUGUGAUGCUGAGCAACAGGAGGGCUUGCACCUAUCUGAGGUGGCCCUGCUCUCUCUGUGGCUUCUUAGCCACAGGGAGCUGUGUUCAGUUGCCCCAUAGCAUCUAUGACAAGAGAGGUGAACUCUCUAGAGGACAUGUGGCAGUGGAAUGAAAUAGCAGCUUUGGCUUGUGGUCAAAGAUCAUAGCACAUCCUACUUCUCCAGUUUGUGUAACCAGCUGCAUUUGGGAGGUAACAGAGAAGCAAUGCACUGCACUGUGCAGCAUGUCUUUCUAGGAAUUGCAGAGGCAAAAAAAAAGUAAAAUUAGUAUUUUUUUGCACUCAAGUAAAAAAUAACCAUCCCAAGGUUACAUUUGAAACCAGUCAGAGGCUGCAUUUCUGAAUGAGUGCAGAAAGAACUACUCAAGCCUUUUGAUGAGCAUGGUCCCUCACUUGCAGCAGGCCAGCUUAGCUCAGCAGCCUUACUGCAUUGCUUCUUACAUCCGUCAGCAAUAUGACAAGUCUAAAUAAAGGUAAGUCAGGUAUAGAUGCACAGCCCAAGAACUGCUUGCAUUUGGUCCAGAGAUGGCUGAGUUGUGAGGGGAAUGCAUUUGGGAAAGAAUCUUUUGUAAAAAUGGCUGAAAGGUUGGGAGGAAGUUCUGAGUGUUCAACCAACCCACUCCUCAGCAACGGCACCUGAGGAAAUUGCAUACAGAUCUGGCAGCACUGAGAUGAAAGCCAUCCAAAUGCCAUGUGAAAGAGUUAUUUAUAAGCUACACUGCUAAUUAAAAAUUACUUUCUGAGUAACUAUUUAUGCAACUUAUUUUGAAUCAUUAAGAAGAAAAACCCUCAACAUUCAGCUUUGGAACGAUUUCCUCUCAAUUAUUAGAUCCAUUUAAAAUUCAGCAUCUGUUGUUAAUAUGCAUAACUUAGAAAAAUUAGGACUAGACACAGCAUAUGGCUGACCUGCUUAAUCUUAACAAAAUCAAUAAUAUUUUCAU